GACGUUCUUGGGCAGUUAGUUUUAAACUGCGACUUGAAGCGGCCACAUCGUCGGAGCAAGCAACCUAUAACCACUUUCCUUGUCUCGUUCAUUUACUUAGCUCACAAACCGAGGCUCCAGAUUAAGAUUGUGAUACCAAACAUGCUACGGCUGUGGGCCUGCCUGCUCCUCCUGGGAUCAAUCCAGAUCCAGGCGGUUCCAUUCUACGGCGACUUUAUGCCACACUUAACCCACCCAUUGCCGGCGCAUCGCAACCUGUUCGCGCCCCUGCCCUUCGCACCACUCGCACCGCUCGAGCCCCACGAUCCACUGCAUGCCCAGGCGUCGCAGCGGAUGGCGAGCGUCUGGAACGGACCCGCCCCGCUGGCCCCGCAGCUCCACUCAUCUCACCUGUUGCCCCUAUUCAGCAGCGGAUUCGACACGGAGUUCGUGCCCCUGGAGCACCAACAGCAGCACCAGCAGCAGCCGCAGGGUCGCCAGGAGACGGCGGCCACCGUUCCCGCCCAAACUCCCAGCGGUGUGGAGCAGAAGCCAUUCAAUGUGGACACCAUCACCACGGACGUGAAUGCACCAAAUCCGGCCAUCUUCUUCCAGCAGUCGUUCCCCUUCUUUGGCAAUGAGUUCUUCAACUCGUUCGGAGGCUUCGGCUUUGGAGCUGCCCAGGAGCCCUGGUGGAAGGGCCCCAAUGUGUGCACCGAAAAGGAGGAAGACGAGACCGUGGCCAGCGAAACGGAGGCUGAAGAAACCGUGGACACCUUUGGCCAGGAACGUGAUGGCGUUACCAACGUGGUGCGAUCCCCACUCUUUGGCCAGUUCCAAUUCAGCGUGAACUCCUGCGCGGAGAAGCCCAACAAGCACGUCUGCACCAAGAUCGUGAAUCAAAAUGGCAAGAAGAAAACGCUGACGAUGACCCGCCAGUGCUGCUAUGGCUAUGGACGCCCCAGGAACGCCGACUUCACGACGCCCUGCGAGAAGAUCGACAUCAAGGACGUGGAGGCCACGGCCAGUGACAUGGGUGCCAAGCAGUUCCUGGAGAGCGCUCGCACCGCCGGCGAGCUGGCCGAUAUGCUUGGCGCAGGCAGUGGCAAGAAGGUGACCCUCUUCGUGCCCAACGACGCCGCCUUCAUGGAGUACCGUGGUCACCAUCAGCAGGAGAAUAAUGUUGAAGAUGCCAAGGCCGAGGCUUCAAAGCCAUCCAUCUACAAGCUGCACGCUGUGCUCGGCGAGGUUCAGCUGGAGGACGUGCCCAAUGAGAAGCUUCUGCAGACGGAGCUGCCUGACCAGAAGAUCCGCAUCAACAGCUACCAGCUGCCGGCGGCUUUGGGCUUGGAACCCUACCGCUUUGCCGCCAACUGUGUGCCCAUCGAGAAGCACGACAAGCUCUCGGAGCAGGCCCUUGUCCACACUCUGGGUGGAGUGCUGAAGCCGCUGACCAAGAACCUUAUGGACAUCAUCAGGGAGCGUGCGGAUAUGUCCAUUAUGCGCACUGUCCUGGAGAAGACCAACCUGAGCGCCAUGCUGGAGGAUGACAAGCCGGUGACCAUCUUUGUGCCCACCGACGCCGCCUUCGACAAGCUGGAACCUCAUCUGCGUCGUGCUCUCAAGGAGGGUCGUGGUUGUGCCUCAAACAUCCUGAAGAACCACUUGCUGGACCUCACCUUCUGCUCGCUGGCCACUGUUCCCGGAGCCAAGACGACCGCCUACAAUCUGCUGGGAGAACCCCUGCUCCUCAACCGCACCCAACGCGCUGCGAAUCAGACUGGGCCGAAUCCCAUCUACAUCAAUAACUUGGCCCAAAUCAUUGAAGCCGAUAUCAUGGGCACCAAUGGUGUCCUGCACGUGAUCGACACCAUCCUGCCCACCGAGUCGGCUCUGCCCAUGACCUCGUUGAUGUCGCAAAAGAACCUGACCAUCUUCCAGCGAUUGCUGGAGGCCUCUGGCUACGAUGAUCAGUUCGACGAUCUGGACAACGUGACCAUCUUUGCGCCAACCGACAAGGCUCUGCAGAGCACGGAGUGGGCUCGCAUGCUCAAGGAACAGCCGGAACUGCUGAAUCACAACUUGGAUCUGCUCGAGUUCCUUAACUACCAUGUGGUCAAGCCCAUGAUCAAGACUUGUGACCUGUCGGAAAAAUCCCUGCCCACGGUUGCUGGAUCCAGUGUGCGUCUGAAUCUCUACUCCACACAUGCCCUCUUCUCGGACGUGAUGAACCGGGCAACGGUCAACUGCGCCCGCCUGGUGCACUUCGAUGAUGAGAGCUGCGGAUCCGUCCUCCACCAGGUGGAUCGUGCCUUGGCACCACCCAAGAAUAACAUGCUUAAGCUGCUGGAGGCUAAUCCCAACUACAGCAAGUUCCUGGAGCUGGUUCGCAAGGCUAAUCUCACCCAGCUGCUGUCCAACGACUCAAGGAGUCUCACCCUGCUGGUGCCCAAGAACGAUGUCUUCGAGGAGCUGAACGAGUCCGGUGAGGGCUCAAAGCCCGCCGAUCCCCUGGCCUUGGUCAAGACCCAUAUCGUUGAGGAUGUUGUCUGCUGUGCCGGCAUCAUCCCAACCAACUGGCCAUUUGUCCGCUCCAUUGAGUCCAUCUCUGGCCAGCAUCUGCGCAUCACCCGCGAUCGCCGUCCCAAGAUCGAGAACGCCGGCGUCACCAAGUGCGAUGUCGUGGCCACCAAUGGCAUUCUCCACGAGAUCAACGACAUCAUCGUGCCACGCCCACAGCGCCAGCAGCAGCGACCCCAGCUGAUCCCGCCCGGAGCUGGCUAUCAGCCACAGGGCGACUUCGAUGUCUUCUUCUGAGCGCUGCUCGUCCCCAUCUCAUGCAUAUUGAUAUAUAAAGCAGAUAUUUAUAUUUACUCUUACGAUUUGUCAAUUGAUUGGAAGCCACAAAAAGCUCAGAAUCUUCGCUGAUAAAUAAAAUAAAUAGUAUUAAAACAAA